ACCUCCGAGGGGUAAAGGGAGGGAGGCGUGACGUCGGCGGAGGGGUGUGUGUUGCGUCACGGAUUCACUACCGCCCUCAGCUCCCGUGGGACCGGCUGGGAGAGGAGGAUGCGGUAUCCGGCUCGGCCGUCCUAGGAGCAGCCCCGUGUCCAUUGUUUUUGUAGCAGUGUGCCCAUGCCUGUGUUGUGACUGCCCGUGACGGACAGGGGGAGGCCUCCGCGCAGAAGGAGGAGAGUCUGGCCCUUCGAGGUGUCCCUCACUGCCGCCUCUGGGGGAAGCCAGCAUGGGCAAUACGGUGACUUGUUGUGUGUCCCCCGACGCCAGCCCGAAGCCAGGCCGUGCCCGGGGAGUGGUCGAGCGGCCGGAUCCGUACCGGGUGGAAGUGGAGCUGGAAAAGCCCGAGCUCGGGCACAACUUACAGCACAUCAGCGACCGGGAUUUCCCGGAUGACCUGGCCCCUGAAUCUAACCCUUCUGAUCAUGCAAGAGCAAGCACAAUAUUCCUCAGUAAAUCCCAGACCGAUGUGAGAGAAAAGAGGAAGAGUAACCACAUAAAUCAUGUCUCUCCCGGGCAACUUACAAAGAAGUACAGUUCAUGCUCGACAAUAUUUUUAGAUGACAGCACAGUCAGCCAGCCUAAUCUCAGAAGUACAAUAAAGUGUGUUACCCUAGCAAUAUAUUACCACAUAAAGAACAGAGAUUCAGACAGAUCCUUGGAUAUAUUUGAUGAAAAGUUGCAUCCUCUAACACGUGAAGAGGUGACAGACGAUUACUGCAAACAUGAUCCAGAUCACAAGCACAUCUACCGGUUUGUGCGGACUCUUUUCAGUGCAGCUCAACUGACAGCCGAGUGUGCAAUUGUCACCUUAGUUUACCUCGAAAGGCUUUUGACUUAUGCUGAAAUUGAUAUUUGCCCCAGUAACUGGAAGAGAAUUGUAUUGGGAGCAAUCCUGCUGGCCUCUAAGGUAUGGGAUGAUCAGGCUGUGUGGAAUGUGGACUACUGCCAGAUUUUGAAGGACAUAACAGUAGAAGACAUGAAUGAAAUGGAGAGACACUUCCUGGAGCUGCUGCAGUUCAACAUAAAUGUGCCCGCCAGUGUAUAUGCCAAAUACUACUUUGAUCUUCGUUCUUUAGCAGAUGACAACAAUCUGAGUUUCCUGCUAGAACCACUUAGUAAAGAAAGAGCACAAAAACUAGAGGCUAUUUCCAGGCUUUGUGAAGAUAAGUACAAGGACCUUUCUAAAGCUGCUAUGCGCCGGUCCAUCAGUGCGGAUAACCUAGUGGGCAUUAGGCGCUCUAAUGCCAUCAUUUCCUGAGGCAAGACCGGCAGAAGGCACUUCAACAUGAAGAGUGUGCAACACCGAUGCCCAGGCACUACCAAGCCUCCCACACACUCUCCCACACUAUUUCAAGCCAGCAGUGUCUUCCAGCAUGAGAGGACUGUGGGAGGCAAGGGAUUAUCAAUCCAGGGACCCUAAAAGCCCAUCUUGAAGAGUAAGGGGCAUACAUCGUGACAACCGAGAAGAGGCUCUAGCGAUAGAGCAGCACCGUCGGAUUACACAGAAUAAUGUAGUGCAUCAAAAGUGAAGUCCUUCUCUCAGAUAUCCCUCUACCACCUACAUUUGUAUGCUUACUAUGUAGGCCUAUAGCUGUGAAUGCAGACUUUUUAACACUAUAUAGUUUGACAUUUUAGAAUAUAAAACACUAAUCGUGAUUAUAGUUACUAUUUUAUUGCCUUCUUGAUCCCCUUACCCAUUUUUUAUUGUUUGCUACGGUUAUCAAGUGUUAAAGCAGCUCUUUCCUAACCAGACUAGCCGCAGCAGAGCAAUGACUAGGCUUGAGCAGAAGGGUUUGUAUGAUGCCCUCUGCUCCGAAAGAACAGUGCAAUGUUUCAUUAGUCUAUUGCCUACCAGCACAGCAACUACAGAUGGUUAGGAUGUGGACUGUCCAAAGAAGAAUGUGCAUUUUGAAGUUUAUCGGGUUCUGGCCUGUACUACUGUAAUUCUUGGUGCUCCUCCAGAAAUUAUGAAUUAUAAGGAACUGCAAAAUUAAAUAAAUCUGGGAUUUUUCUAUUCUA